CGCCGCGUCACUUCCAACAUGGCGGCGCCCCGUGCCGUGCUCGCUGCGGAGGAAGGCAGCAGCGAAACAGCGCAGAUUCUGUCAGAUUCCGCCCCGGGAGAUUGUAAGAGGCCUCAGUUCGGGACGCGUUUCCUCACAGACCCGCGACAGGUGUUUCAGCACAACGCAUGGGACAAUGUGGAGUGGAGUGAGGAACAGGAAGCAUCUGCAAAGAGGAAAGUGUUGGAAAACAACCAGCCCCUACCUCCAGAGAAACAAGAGGAAUAUGACAACCGGGCAAAUGAGUUCUGGAAUAGUUUCUACACAAUCCAUGAGAAUCGUUUCUUCAAAGACCGUCACUGGCUGUUCACUGAGUUCCCAGAGUUGGCACCCCAGUGUAGCCUCAACAAUGAAUCCCAACGUGAGGUCUCUGACUCGGAUCACAGCCAACAGGAAAGUUUGUCUCACACCGACGGUGACGUCCCAGGGUCAUCGGCCACAUAUCGCAUUCUAGAGGUCGGCUGCGGUGUGGGCAAUACCGUUUUUCCAAUACUGAAGACAAACAACGACUCGGGGCUCUUCGUUUACUGCUGUGAUUUCUCCAGCACGGCUGUUGAGCUGGUAAAGACUAAUCCAGAGUACGACCCACAGCGCUGCUUCGCCUUUGUUCACGACUUGAGUGACGUGGAAGCCGAUUACCCCGUCCCCGAAGGAACCCUUGAUGUUAUAGUGCUAAUCUUUGUGUUAUCAGCGUUGCAUCCCAACAAGAUGCAGGCAUCCAUCGGUAGAUUAGCGCGGCUGCUGAAGCCUGGGGGAGUGAUGCUGCUCAGAGACUACGGACGCUACGAUAUGGCACAGCUUCGCUUCAAGAAAGGAAGGUGUCUUUCCGAAAACUUCUAUGUCCGAGGGGAUGGAACAAGGGUGUAUUUCUUCACUCAAGAUGAGCUACAUGAGAUGUUCACUGAGGCUGGGCUUGAGAAAAUGCAGAACCUCGUGGACAGGCGGCUCCAGGUGAACAGAGGCAAGCAGCUCACCAUGUACAGAGUGUGGAUCCAGUGCAAGUACCGGAAGGCUCGAGCUCAGCCACUUGAAUCCCACGGCCAAGAACUGGGAGGGGAUCUGCCUAGCUUGACCGUCGCCUGAACUACAAUUGAAACUAGGAGCUCAAAACGAGGCGGUACUGACCUUUUUCAGUGGAUGCAUGGAAUUGAGAAGCUCUAUUGUGAAUUGUAAUAAAGGGGAUGCAACUAGUCGUUAAAUGCUGUAAAGGCCUUACACUCUCUCCACUGCCAUAAUGUUUAUGGCGUAUUGUUCCUGAUGGUGCUGCGAUUCUGCCUAUAAGAAUGACCAUUUCUCAUCGUGUGCUGAUGUGUUCAAUAAUCUCGGAAAGGGCUGGUUCCCCUUGUUUAAAUUUUUCUAAUUUGCCAGAUGCUGUUUUUUUUUUUUAAGAGCUGGUGUUUAAAAUGAAUGAAUGGAUGGAUUUUUUUUUUUGUAAGGAUAACUAUGACCUAUUUCUAUAAAAAA